CUACUAAACGUUUUACUAUUGAGUAAAUAAAAUAACAUAAGUGGUGGCAAAUUUGGAAAUCAGAAGUAUCUAUUUAUAUUUAUAUAGAAUGUAUAAAUGACUCCUUUUAAAUCAUCCAUUAAUAAAAUCUCAUGUACACUUUUGCCUAACAGCAUAUAUAAUUAUUGUCUCAAAAAAAAUAUUGAAAGAAAUAUUUCUGANACUAUAUAAUCAUUCGUUUUAUUAUUUAAAAUAUAGUUAUUAGUCAUUUCCUACAUUAAUUUGAAUGUUGAUUAAUCUAGACUAAAUGUUUAGUAAAUGAGUUAUAGUUGUUGUUGGAGAGAAUCUGUGUCCAUAAUAUUUGAAUUUGAAUAAAUUAAUAUUUAUUAUGACUGAAUUGGGAAAUUAUCUGAUAGGUAUUUAUUAUAAAGUGAUUUAUCAUUAAAGGUAAAACAAUAGGAGAAGGAACAUUUGGAAAGGUGUGUUAUGCUAAACAUUAAGUGUUGGCUCAUGAUGUGGCUGUAAAGAUUUUAGAAAAGAAAAGAAUCAAUGAUGAAUUAGAUAUUGAGAGAGUAAAGAGAGAAAUUACAAUAUUACAGAUGCUGCAUCAUCCAAAUGUUGUAUAGCUCUAUGAAGUUUCUCAAUUAUUUAUAUUUAGAUGAUUGAAACUGAUACUCAUAUUUAUUUAUUUAUGGAAUAUGCAAAUGGAGGAGAAUUAUUUGAUUAUAUUGAUUUAAAGAAAAGGUACUUUUAAAAUAAUCUCAUUAGAAUAAAUAAAGUUGAAGCAUGUAAAUUCUUACAUGAAUUAAUUUCAGCUAUUUAAUAUAUUCAUGAAUUGAGAAUAGUACAUAGAGAUUUAAAGCCAGAAAAUCUGCUUUUGACAACUCAAAAGAAUAUUCUAGUUGUAGAUUUUGGACUUAGCAACAUGUAUGAAGAUACUCUCAAAACAGCUUGUGGCAGUCCAUGUUAUGCUGCUCCAGAAAUGAUACAAGGAAAACCUUAUUAUGGAUUAUAAACAGAUAUUUGGAGUUGUGGAGUUAUUUUAUAUGCUAUGUUAUGUGGAUAUCUACCUUUUGAGGAUAAUAAUACAUAGGUUUUACCCAAGAUAUGUUUCAUUAGAUGGAAAAGACCUUAUAAAGAACAUUCUCACUGUUGACCCUACUAAACGUUUUACUAUUGAGUAAAUAAAAUAACAUAAGUGGUGGCAAAUUUGGAAAUCAGAAGUAUCUAUUUAUAUUUAUAUAGAAUGUAUAAAUGACUCCUUUUAAAUCAUCCAUUAAUAAAAUCUCAUGUACACUUUUGCCUAACAGCAUAUAUAAUUAUUGUCUCAAAAAAAAUAUUGAAAGAAAUAUUUCUGAAGAUGUCAAAACUUGUUGUGAUACUGCUCAAUAAUCUAUUGAUAUACAAUUCAUAGAUAAAGAUGAUUUUAUUUACAAAUCUAAUAUUAAAGAAGAAUCUAUUAUUUAAGAUCCUAUCUUUCUAAAUCCUAUCCCUGAGUAAUUUGAUCAAUGUUUAGAUUAAUAAUUACUUAAUGUUCAAGAUUAGUAUCAAUUUUAAUAGUCUAUGAAAUCAUUAACAAGAUAAAAAUCAAGUUAAUCCAUUUAAUCUAUUAAACAUCUAUAAACAUAAAUUGAUUCUCCGUUAAAACCAUAAAAUAUUACUAUUACGAAAAAAAUAAUCAAUCCCUACUCAAUAAUAAAUCACAUAAAUUAAUAAAUUUAUUCCAAAAAAACCUUAAUAACAACCAUUUUAAUAAUAAUUAUAAAAAAAGAAACCUCACUCUAAAACCGGACCUUCUAAAUCUUUACAUCAACCUCAAAAUUUAGACAGUAAAUUUAUUAAAUUACCUAAUACUCCAAGUACAAAAAAAGAUAUUAAUAAUCCAUCUAUUUAUUCAACAUAUACAAAUUAUCAAUUAAAAACUGA